AUAUGAUAUUUGAUAAGUUUCUUACUUUAUCUUCCUAUAUAUGCUAUGUUGGGCCCGUCCUUAACACGGGCAUUCUCUUUCUAGUAGUCACACAUAUAAGCAAAUACUGUACUGUUGUUACUGUAGGAGGAUGUAGUGUUGGCUGUGAUCAGAUUUCUAUUGCAUCAGCUAUUCCAUUGGUGCCAUAUAGGAGGCUCCAGAAUCACCAAGAACAUGCAAGACAACUGGUUAUAGAACUGGGAAGAUCACCUCAUCCACCUGAGCUUCUGAGGAAGACACGGCUCAAGGCGAAUAAUGAGUUUGUGGAUCAGAAAUCAAAACCACAUAUGAUGCCGUCAUAUCUAAGAUUACAUCGGUGUCUCAGCUUGAAGAUUGAUCCAGUGAACCUCCUACAAUUGACUUUUCAAAAAUUUAUUUGGAUGAGUGGGUGGGAUUAAGAAGACACACCUUUAUGGUGUUGGUCUUCAAGCACCUUUCUAUGGGCAUGUUGGUGAAUCCUCCGCUUCGACAUCUCGACUUCAAUAUCUAAACUUUGAUGCUCGAGUGCAAGAAUCUGUUGGACAUCGUUUUCAAGAAAUGAAGGAAGAAAUGAAGCAUGAGAUGAGAGAAGAGAUCAAACAAGAAAUAAGGGAAGAAAUGCGACAAGUAUUGCGUGAAGAAUGAGACAUGAAGUGCAACAAGAGGUGCAAGAGCAAGUUAAUCAGAUACUUCAAGCACAUUGUUCGGGCAUCAUAGCUCGCUUAGCUUCACCUCCUUCUGGUAGACCUGACAUGUCCUUGAAUAAUGAAACAAGUCAUAUAUAUUUAGAUUAAUUUUAGAUU